AGACGAUUGGUAUGGUAAUUGCUAUAUAUGCAAAGGAGAAAAUUAGCAGUGUGUGUCCAAAAACAUGGAUGGAGCCCCUAAAAAAUUGCCAAUCUCAAUGCUUUCUUCAUCAGAAGAAUCUUCUUAUUCGGAGUGGGAAGAUGAGUUGAUGGUUGCGGAUUCGUACGAAAGCGACAGCGAUGGAGACGACGAGGAUGAUGGAAGUAGUAAGAAGAGGAGGAAGAUUGUGAGUCCAGCCAAAACAAAUCAACAUGGCAAGGAUGUUGGAAGUAGUAGUAAGAAGAUUGUAAGUCCAGCAAAGACAAAUCGCGAUGAUAAGGAAAAGGACAAGGAUGUUGGAAGAAGUAGUAAGAAGAUUGUAAGUCCAGCAAAGACAAAUUGCGAUGACAAGGAAAAGGAUGUUGGAAGUGGUAGUAAGAAGAUUGUGAGUCCAGCGAAUCCAGACGACUAUCCUCGGUUGGCGUCGUUUCUAAGACAGAACCAUAUGGAGGAAGAGCUUCAACGGAACUGGACAGUGAUUGGGGAUGAGAAUGCGACAAAGCUACAACAACGAUGGGUUCGAAUCAUCGAAAAGCAGAUGGACAUUGCCGCGUAUAAGUUGGAUCUCAUACAAGAUAUUUUUGAUAUAAUUAACCCCCAAGCUAAUUUGUUUCUUUCUGAUUUUCGUUAACAUCCUUGCUUCCUGAUAUUUUAGUAUUUUGAUUAACAAAUUAUCAAAGGUGGAUAAAGAUUCUGUUGUGCAUUGAACAAAAGGUGUUUUUUGCAUUAGGCUCAAUAAUUUUGAAUGAUAUUGUAGCAUUGAUCAAGACUCAACUCAAAGGUGUGUUUGAUUUUAUGAAAAUU